CCCUCAUAAACCCAAGCCUGUGCGUCCCCAUUGUAGACUAGAUGAUCGACGAUAGUCCUAUUCAGGAUUCUCGGCAGCUGUUCUCUUUGCGGGGUUAAGGGUUAGUAUCCCUCAACGAGCUCACCACUCUUGUUAAGUAUCUAGGAUUCCCCAUCUAAGAUCUAGGGACCACGCGUAGGCGAAGGCUGUCGAUUCUUGGUUAAGGGCUCAAGGAUCCAUAAUAAUAUUUCUGUAGCAACGCAAUUCUGGGAAUGAUACAUACUCACGAUUGACAGGUUUCUUUGUCGAGUGUUAUUCUAGAGAUAACAGAACUAAAAUUGGCAGGUAUUCGAAGGGCAUGAGCCCUAGAAACCCUUUGACUACUGCAAGGAUUCAUUAGCGAGUCGGAAUCGGGGUCGGUAAGUGAGUCACAUACAGGACAUCGAACCACCAUGUCCUGAAUCACAUCUUCCCGGGUCUGAAUAGUCUCAAAUCGAAUCCCAAACAAACCAAUUCUUCGUAUCAACAAAUGAUCAUAAUUUGAGGACAUGCUUUAAUGAAUCAUAAACUCCUAUAUCGGCAUUUUACUAUAACCGGGAUAAAGAACUCAUCUUGACAAAGACCAAUCAUAUAUCCCCGGUUCUCAUCCCAUAAUACCAACUAUAAACUCUCACAUAUCACUCUCGCUACAAAUCAGCAUGUCAAUCCAAAUUCGAAAGGCGACUGAGUCUGAUAUCCCAGCCAUAAUAGACACCUAUUUCGACGCAUUCCGCGACCAUCCGCUCACCCUGAGAGCCUUCUUCCCGGGCUCGGAAUCUGCGGUGAGAUGGUGGUCUGAGUCGAUAGGCGCCGAUCUACAAGAUCCCAACGCUCACUUUCUAAUUGUCACCGACUCGGCCUCCGCGGACCCGGAGAGGGUCGUCGCCUUUGGUAAAUGGCGCGAGUGGCUUACGUCUACGACUCCUCCGGCACCACCAGCGCCUAAGUGGCCGGAAGGUGCCGAUGUCGCGCUUCUGGAGAAGUUCUUUUUGACGAUUGAGAAGAAGCACAGGGAGAUACUAGAAGAUCGGCCACACUUGUAUCUAGAUAUCUUGGGUGUGCGGAAGGAGGUUCAGGGGAAGGGUAUAGGGAGUCGGCUAGUGAAGUGGGGGAUAGCCAAAGCUGAUGAAGCGGGAGUUGAAGCAUUCCUUGCUGCUAGUCCAGCUGGAGCUCCUAUGUAUCAGAAACAUGGAUUUGAAAUACAUUCGACGGUACCUAUGGGUGAAGGAGGACGCGUGGAAACUUUUAUGCUGCGGCCAGCCAAGAAGCCCUAGUCCUGCCAUCCAAGCAUCAUAGUGAGCGUUCUUGAGAUGAGAGCAGGUUUAAAGGCAUCAAGCGAAUGGCGAUUAGGUAUCAAGCCUAUGAGACAUUCACGUAUAUCCAUAGUUAUACACAAGAUCAUGGUUUCCUCAAGGAAACUUUAUGGUUAUGAGAAGAUGAAGAGAUGUAUUAAAGAGAAUAAGAAUAACUAUGAAUAACAAAGAAGUCUUCGUUCUGAUUAAAACAAUA